GGUCUGUCAUUUUAUAUAAUUAUUUUAUUUUAUUUUAUUUCUUCUUUAACUUUAUAUUUUUUUGUAAGUUCCUCCAUGAAAGCUGCAAAGUACAGUGCAGAUAAAUUUGAAGCCCAAGCCAUCCACACCCUCUUCAAAUACUCCAAAUCCAACUUUUUUUUUUUCGUAGACACUGUUCUCUUCUCUACAGUCUCCCCAUUUUCUCUCUCUUAAAAAAAAUUCAAACGAAGAGUACAGAGAGAGAGAGAGAGAGAGAGUGUUGUGUGGUUUGUUUAAAGCAAUAAUAUGAAGGCCAAAACCCAUCACCAGAACGGGAAUGGCAAUGUCAAUGGCGGUGCCGGCGAAGAGAGCGGUAGUAACUCGCCGAGUCCACCUCUUUCACCGCGCCGUCGUUCUAGUCUGUCAUUUUGCCGUCGGAGGCUCCGGUCGAAGCCGUACUCCAAUCUCGCCGGUGGUGUGAUUUUCCGGUGGAAUCUUCGGUACCUGUUUGUUCUGCCGAUGCUCUAUGUCUCUGGGUUGAUCAUGUGUGUGGGUCCCUUCUCUGCUCUUAUGGGCCAGUCCCCUCCUCCUCCAGGGUCGGUUUACCGUAGCGAUGAGAUGUUUCGAAGGCUUUGGAAUCAUAUUCAUUUUGAUAAUUCAUCUGGGAUUCAGCUUUCCUCGGUCUGGAGUUACAGAAGAAGACUGAAAGAGCAGAAACCUUGUCCAAAUUCAACCGAUGGACUACUGUCUGGGUCUUCUGGUCCUAGUGGCUACUUGAUUGUUGAAGCUAAUGGGGGUCUCAACCAACAACGAUCUGCGAUCUGCAAUGCUGUGGCUGUAGCUGGACUUUUGAACGCAAUACUAGUAAUUCCUAGUUUUGAGUUCAAUAGUGUUUGGAGGGAUCCAAGUAAGUUUGCUGACAUAUAUGAUGAAGAUCAUUUCAUAGCAACCCUUAAGGACUAUGUUAAAGUGGUUAAAGAGCUUCCUCAGGAUGUGAUGGAGAUAUAUGAUUACAACAUAAGUAACAUACCAAGCUUCCGUGUUCAAGCUUGGGCUACCGUCGGUUAUUACACAGGAGUAGUUUAUCCUGUUCUGAGGAGCCAAGGGAUUAUCCGGAUAUCCCCCUUUGCUAAUAGAUUGGCAAUGAACGUCCCUCCUCAUAUUCAAUUCUUAAGAUGCCUGGCUAAUUAUGAAGCAUUAAGGUUUUCUGCUCCCAUUUUGACUCUUGGAAAGACAUUAGUCAGUCGCAUGACCGAGAAGAGCUCAAGGACAGGUGGAAAGUACAUUUCAAUCCACCUUCGCUUUGAGGGGGAUAUGGUGGCCUUCUCAUGCUGUUUAUAUGAUGGGGGCGAGGUUGAAAAGUCUGAAAUGGAUUCAAUUAGAGAAAAAGGGUGGAAGAAGAAGUUCCAGCGAACAGAUCGUGUCAUUUCUCCUGGUCAAAAUCGAGUUGAAGGAAAAUGUCCAUUAACCCCGGUAGAGGUUGGAAUGAUGCUACGGGGAAUGGGAUUUGAUAACAACACUUCCAUUUACCUGGCCUCAGGCAAAAUAUACCAGGAAGAGAAACAUUUAGCCCCGCUGCUAAAGAUGUUUCCUAACCUGCACACCAAGGAGUCUCUUGUAUCCCCUGAUGAGCUUGGUCCUUUUCAGGUAUAUUCUUCAAGAUUGGCUGCUUUAGACUACACAGCAUGCUUGCUUAGCGAGGUUUUCGUAACAACUCAGGGAGGAAAUUUUCCACAUUUUUUAAUGGGUCACCGAAGAUUUUACAAUGGUGGACAUGCAAAGACAAUUAUACCUGAUAAGCGCAAGCUUGUUGUUCUGCUUGAAGAUAAAAAUAUGAGUUGGAGAGGUUUCAAGGAUGAGAUGGAAGCAAUGCUUGCUGAAAGUGACCGCAAAGGAAUGAUAGUACCAAGAGUAAAGAAGAUAAACAGAAAAUCCUCGGUUUACACUUACCCUUUGCCGGAAUGUAGGUGUCUACAGCAACCGCGAAACCCUCAAGUUGACCUAAAUGUGCAUUCAUGAUACUCAGUUUGACAAACAGAACACAUGUUUUGCCAGUUUGGUUCAAUAUACACAUCAUCCUUAGGGAGUAUAGUUCUUCACUUGUGUGGUUUCUUACCUUUGCUCUGAUGCUCAUGAAAACGAUGCUGCCGACGAAGGUAUGGUAUAGAUGGUCAUGAAAUUGUACAGAGAAAAUUGGAAUUUGGUUACAAGUGAAACUUGUUCCUUCUGAGGUUACUGUUUCUCACUCUGCAUGGAGAUGUUGGAUCUCUUCCUUGCACUGGCUAAAAAGGCCUAUCAAUGAGCAGAGCUGAAUUACAGGUUUGGAUUCCAUAAAUGGAUAUUCAAAACUUUAUUUUCCUUUUCCAGGUGGAUAUGGCUCCUAGUUCUGGUCAGAUGGCCUUGGUUUAGACACAGGUUGAUUGAUAUGUAACUGCUAUUAUUAGCACGUAAGAAUGUGUAACAGUUUAGCAUUACAAUGUCACUUGUCAUUUUGUAAACUUGCAAAGCAAUUUUGGUAUUAGUGAAGUAAAAUGAUUUGUUUUGUGCAAAAA